AUGAAGCUCAUCGACCUCUUCGUAACGCUCUGCCAUCUUCUUCUUGUUACUGAAGCCGUUCCAGUGGAAAUAGAAGAGCGAUGCGAUACGCCCCCAUGCCACCGAAACAGACUGGAGGUUAGGGGUAGAACUGAAUGCGACCUCCCGUCAAAGUACACUGUCGAAUGGUUCAUCGAGAAUGCGAUAGAGCGGCCUGAGCCAAUGUCAUGCCUCUUUUACACACGCGGCUUAAGCAAGGUAGCGCGCCGCUAUGCGAAGUCGAGACCUAAAGAAGAAGGGCCUCCUUUGACAACGAUAUGGGAUGUCUGGCCCAGGCAGUACUAUAGCAAAAGAAUAACAAACACCAACCCCCUACGAUGCAUCAUGCAAGACAAGAAAAAGCAGACGCAAUAUUACACUCACAUGUCGAAAGCCUUCGCCUCGAUGUGCCAUGUUUUUGCGACUGUCAUGGACAAAAGCAUUGGGCUCGACGCCGCGACGGUAAACGACGUUAACCAGAAUGGCCUCUGGUUCCACGCUGAGUUUCCAACCUUACAACGGCUCAAGCAAGUUACCAUGAUCGAAGCAAUAUCAGAAGACGGAGGAAAGAGGUUUACAUACUGGACCAGCUUAAAUAUGUUUGCGACCAGUGCGCAACAUGAAGACGUUGUUGACGAUUCGCCAAAACGCGCGGACACGUUAGAUUUCGACUGGGAUCAGUCCACAGCUGAUGACAUAUUUGUCGAAGAAUGGGAUGUAGAUCCGUAG